AGUUUUCAAAUUAUAAAGACUAUUUUCAAGACAUUUCUUUAUUGGUGAAAGGUGGAAAUGAGUGAAAAUGAUCCCGGGGGGCCUAGUGCCCCUCCGGUGGACAGUGUGAGGGUUCAGAGACCCAUAACCUACAAAUACAUUCCGAACAUUAAAUACAACGGAUUCAAGGUGAUGGUGACCAGCGAGAAACGUCCCCUAGAUUCAAUUGAUAUAGGGGAUCGCGUGAAGAAACUUUUCCGAAAGGACGAAAUCCGCCAAAUCAGGCAAACGGGACGUAAAUCCCUCAUAAUCUACUGUGAAAACCACAACGUGGCCAAUGCCAUUCCGGAAGUGCCAACCCUGCAAAGUGAAGGUACCAAAGUCUUCAUUCCCCUCUACUUCACCACUACAUGUGGAGUAAUAUGGGGCAUAAACAAGAAAUACAGUGAAGAAUACCUACUGGAGAAUCUAGAAGCGGGACAACUGAAGAUCACAAAAGUUGUGAGAGUGAAACGCCAUGAGAUGAUUGACGGUCAAAAGACCGCUAUCGAUACAGAGCGAGUGAAAGUGUAUUUUGAGGGAGGAUGCAUACCAGAGUAUGUGUUCAUUAAUUACGUGCGAGUGCCAUGUCAACCAUUUGUAAUGCGAGCAACCGCGUGCAAAAUCUGCUGGUCUUACUACCACGGGGCAUGGAAUUGCCCAGAACAAUCCGCAAAAUGCAAGAGGUGUGGAGAAGAAAUUUCUACCACCCACUCAUCCACAACAUGCCAAGAAUCACCCAAAUGCAUCGCAUGCAAAGGAAAUCACAGUGCUGACUUUGUGAAUUGCCCUGAAAAAAUUCGCCAAGAGAACAUCAAUAACCUUGUUGCCUACAAGAACAUGAGCAAAGCGGAAGCAGCCCUGCAUUACCCACACCCGAAACAACGCACAAACACACACUCCCAGAUUGUCAUCUCAAACAGAUACACCGCUCUUGAUGAUGAGAGCGAUGAUGAUUUCCCCACCCUCGAGGAAGCUAGUCGCACCAAAAAGACCAAAAAGCAACGACGAGCACAAAUACCAAUCCACGAAGCACCAAUCACAUCCACACCAACUGCAUACAAUAACAACAUUAGCGACGAAGAAGAAGAGCACAACCAGAAACGUGACACACGGAAAAAUCGACAUGAAGGGAAAACAUCAACCCGACAGCAACCAUCAACAAGCAAGCAACAUAACAUGCAAAAUUCAAGACAACAUGAACCAUCAACAUCACAGUCCACACAACACCAAAACCCCACAAAACGAGACAGACAUGCUCUCUCUUCCAGCAAUGAAGAAGCACCCAAACGACAACGUCAAUCCCAGGUAAGUACAAAUAAUACUAACACAACUAAUCCUUCAAUUGGAAAAAAUGAUAACACCACAAAUGAGCGCACAGACAAAGACCGAAACACACGGACGAACACACACAAUAAUUCUUCUCAAAAUUAUCAACCAAGCACAUCUACAAAUGUAUUGCCCACAAAAAAUUUUUCUCCACAGCAAAACAUCGCCACAAAACCAAACAAUUAUACAUAUGCAAAUGCAUUGACUGAUUCUGAGAACCAUGAAAGGCUCAGAACUCAGCAUCAAAAUAUUUUACAAACUGAUAUAUCUACACAAAAUGAUACAAAUACAAUUCUUGAAGAUUAUGUUGAUACAGGAGAAGAUACCGACAUGAAACAAUUAGACGAAGACUUCUGACUCGCUCAUAACAUUUCAUAUACAAACAAUGAAGAUUCUCCCGGUGUUGGUGGUUCUUUGGGGUCUGGGCAACCAUUUGCACAAGAUGUGAAUGAGGGUUCUGGCUCUUUGGAUCCGCCUGCGACGGUGAGACCUUACAACAAUAUAAAUAAUACAGAAAAUGAUAACACUACAGCAAAAAAUAACCACAAUAAUAACACUAAUCAAUUAAACCCCCCACAACAUCACAAUAUUAUACAAUGGAAUUCAAAUGGAUAUUACCACAAAUUUCCUGAAAUCAAAAUAAUUAAAAAUACCCACAACCCCCUAAUUUUUUGCCUCCAAGAAACACAUGCAACAAGAAAUAACCCACCCAAAUUAAGAGGCUACAAUUGUUUUUAUAAAUGCUAUGAAGAUAAUUUAAAAGCUAGUGGAGGAGUUGCAAUACUGGUUAAAGAAACCAUUGAUAGUAAAGAAAUUAAUCUAAAUACCACUCUCCAAGCAGUGGCUGUUGAAAUAAUUUUCCCAUUUAAAUUAACAAUUUGCAAUAUUUAUAUACAACCCCAAUUUAAGCUUAAAAAACAAUUUGAUAAACUCAUAGAACAACUGCCUAAACCUUAUAUGAUUUUAGGAGAUGUGAACGCAAAAAAUCCCCUAUGGGGUGGAUCCCAAUUAGACCCUCGAGGAAAAAUAAUUGAAGAAUCAAUUGAUAAAUACGAUCUCACUAUCCUAAAUAAUCAACAACCAACACAUUUGACUAUAGCAACCGGAGUUUUUAGUGCAAUUGACCUAUCUGUCAUUAGCAGCGAAGUAGCAGCCAACCUAGAAUGGAAUACCCUAGAUGAUUUCCAUGGGAGUGACCAUGUUCCUAUCCAGAUAAAAUUCUUGGAUUCACUGUUUCUUGAAUCGAGAAGGGCGAAAUGGAAAAUAAAAGAAGCGAACUGGAAUGUUUUUAAAAAAGACUUGAUAGGGAUUGAAAUGACAGGCAACAAUACAUCUGAAAUCAUUCCCUAAGUGUUAUUCAAUCUAUGACCAAUUACAACAACAAAAGAUCACCAAUCAUAUCAAAGGCAAUAGAACUGAUCGAGGGAUCAUCCAUCAAUUUCACGAUUUGUU